AACUGCGUCGGUUUCCAUGGUGACACAAAUGGGGCGGCGCGGUACUUCCUGGAUGUUCCAGCAAUGCGCAGCCGCUGAAGUCACGUGGGGUCACACCGCCAUGAGCGACGGACAGAAAACGCGCCGAGUGCUGUUGACUUGGGGCUCCAACAGUUAUGGCCAACUGGGGCUAGGAGGCAGUGAUGAUACCCAGCGUCCUCAGCAAGUGCCAGAAUUGGGAGAAAAGGGGCCCCUCAUAAAGAGCAUCAGUGCUGGAGGGGGGCAUUCUGCUGCUAUUACAGAUUCCGGAAAGUUGUAUGUUUGUGGUCAAAACAAGAGCGGUCAGUUGGGGCUGGGUCACUACGAUGAUCUUCCAAUGCUCACCCUAUGUACUGCCAUUCUGCACAUACGUGUUACCAAGGUUUCAUGUGGCUGGGACUUCUCGAUCAUCUUAACAGAUAAUGGUCAGCUGUUAUCUUGUGGAUCCAACGCUUAUGGCCAGCUUGGAAAUAGCCAACAAAGGGCAAGUUCAGAUCCUAAACUGAUUCAGAAUGUUACUGAGAAGAUUGUGGACAUUGCUGCCGGUUUGCGACACUCAUUGGCUGUUACAGAAAAUGGACAAACAUUGCAAUGGGGCUCUGGGCUGGCAUCACAUGCCAGGAGAUUCUGCCAAGGAAAAACAAUCCUUGCUUUCUACACAGCUCAGCAACCUUGCCCAGUACCAGGUUUGGAAAAUGUAAAAGUAAAGCAAGUGGCAGCAGGAUCUUACCACUCGGUUGCUCUGUCAGCUGCAGGAGAGCUGCAUGUCUGGGGCAGCAAUAAACAUGGGCAACUUCUCCAUUGUGAGCCAUUUAUUGGGCAGCCACGUAGGAUCAGCUGCCCCAUGUUCUCUGGAGAAGCGAUCAGGGCGGUGUGGAGUGGAUGGAGUCAUGUGAUCGCUCAGUCCGAGACUGGUCAAGUGUUUACUUGGGGAAGAUCAGAUUAUGGUCAACUAGGAUUAGGAAUGAGUGAUACUUGUGCUAACAGCCAAGGAAAUAGCAAAGGAAAAUUUAAGCCACCAUUCUGUGUCACUGUCCUAAGCGGUGCCUCUCAGAUUGCGUGUGGGUCAGAACAUAACCUGGCAUUAUGUGGGAACACAGUUUAUUCCUGGGGAUGGAACGAGCACGGAAUGUGUGGAAAUGGCGGUGAAGACAACGUCUCUGCUCCCACAGCAGUCAUCCUCCCCAUGUCCUGCAGAGUGGAGCUGAUCGGGUGCGGGGCCGGACACUCCAUGGUUCUGUGCACAGAAUGAAACCUGCAGUGUCUCCUUCCAUCUCUCAACGUUGCAGACUUGGCAUUUGUAUUACGUAUCAUUGAACUGAACAAUGUGUAACGUGUUAAAGGUCAAGUCAAAUGUUACUACACCUGUAUAUGCCAACAUUGUUGCACUGUGUAAGCGACCAUCAUCAGCCCCCCCCCCCCCCCCCAGCUAUGGAGCAGGCAGUAGAUAUUACAAUACAAAAUUUAUUUCAUGCAUCUUUGUUUUUGCAUAACAGUUUGCAUGCAUCUUUACUCAAAACAUCUGAGUUUGCAUACAAUGCAGGUCUGUUCUUACUGACAAAUGUCAAAUGUUUCCUGAUUUUAUACUUCAAGUCCUGGGAUUGAAAUAACACAUUUCAUGUUUGAAAUCCAUGUGGAUUAUUUAAUAAGAACAAUCUUUAGGGAUUACCGCCAUGUUUCAUUUAUACACUGAUAAUAUACAAGAGGCCUCAUCUGGACAGUCACUGGAGGCCAAGUGUUAUCAGGUUCCAUAUAGGCUCUAUAUUCACAAGCAUGCCAAUGAAAACAGGAAAAUAAAUUCCGACUAUUCAAAUGUCCGUACAGCGAUGAUAUACAGCGUGUGGUCAAUGUGACCAAUGGCUGCCAGAGGGCACUUCUUGUUUGGAGCAGUUAGUCUGGGUAUAAAAAGUCAACCUAGAGCAAUUUAAUGUACAAUUUAAAAGGUUUACCAUUUGCUACAUAAUAUAUGUAAAAGAAAAUAUAUGCAUCUGA